AAGGCUUGAAGUUUAGUUGUAAAAAUGCACUGCAUUUGGGGAGAAUGCUAGAAAUUUGCAGCCAAUGUAACAUAUGCAUCCAUACACAUAUUCCACAAUUACUCAGUAGGUGGCAGUUAAAAGCCUGGAUGAGCUGUGCAGUCGCCAUUUAGGCAGCAGCACCAGCAGAGGAUGAAGCCAGUCCAUCGCUAACAGCAGCAAGCAGGAGUGAAGCUGCAGCCCAGCCAACAGCAGCACCCACCUGGUCCCAGCACCCGGGGAGAGUGCAGAGCCGCAGCCUAGGACAGGCAGCAGGCAACGGGCAUCACAGGACUCAAGGCAGAGGAGGAGAGGAUAGAGCUACAGCCCUGCGACUGAGACGCAUUCCCUUUCCUAGUAGAGAAAAACUCACAGCAGUGAGGGUGAGCAGCGGGUGUGAUGACAGGCAGAAACUGAGGAGAUUUUGCAGCCUUCUCUUCCUUCACAGAUUUUCCCCUCUAGCUGAACAACAGACACACUGAGAAACAUGCCAGAGCAAAGCAAUGAUUACAGGGUUGUUGUGUUUGGGGCUGGAGGAGUUGGCAAAAGUUCUUUGGUCUUGAGAUUUGUGAAAGGCACUUUCAGAGAGAGCUACAUCCCUACCAUUGAAGACACCUACCGGCAGGUGAUCAGCUGUGAUAAAAGUAUAUGCACUUUGCAGAUAACUGAUACUACAGGGAGCCAUCAAUUUCCAGCCAUGCAACGUCUUUCUAUUUCUAAAGGACAUGCUUUCAUUUUGGUUUACUCUAUCACCAGCCGACAGUCUUUGGAGGAACUUAAACCAAUCUAUGAACAAAUAUGUCAGAUUAAAGGUGAUGUAGAAAGCAUUCCAAUAAUGCUGGUGGGAAACAAAAAUGAUGAGAACCAAAAUCGAGAGGUAGAAAGCAGUGAAGGAGAAGCUACGGCCAAGAAGUGGAGGUGUGCGUUCAUGGAGACCUCUGCCAAGCUGAACCACAAUGUGAAGGAGUUAUUUCAAGAGCUUUUGAACUUAGAGAAACGCAGGACUGUGAGUUUACAAAUUGAUGGCAAAAAAAGCAAGCAGCAGAAAAGGAAAGAGAAGCUGAAGGGCAAAUGUGUAGUCAUGUGAAAUUGCACUGACAGGAGUCUGUCAUGCAUUCUCACCUGUCUGCUAUUACCCAUGUAAAGCCAAUACACAGCAAACAACCAGACCAGAUCAUACUGAUUGAUAUCUGUUUUAAAACAAAUAUUCAGAAUUUGAAAAAAAAAGAAGAGUUACUGUCAUUUCUAUGAAAACAGCCAACAACUGGAAGAAUCGUGCUCUCUAGAUACCAGUGAAAAAUUCAGGACAAGAAAAAUCAUCUGGACCAUAUUGUGGAAGGCUUAGAAAUCAAAAUCAUGAUAUCUAUAUUCUUAUGUAACUACAGUGGAAAGCAUUGUAUAAUGCUAGAAAAAAAAAUGCUAAUGCUAGGACAUGUAACUGCAUGCUGGAUGAAGUUAUCAUACCCUUCAAGAGUGAUGUGGACAAACUGUUCUGUGCAAUUUUCAGUUCUGACUGCUGAGGUUGUUUGAAUAAAGUAAUAAUCUCAGAUAUGCCAAAUAAUCUAUUUCUCACCAAAAGGAAGCACAGUUAAAAGAAGUGGAGAUUUCCUCUACCUCCCCGAGCAUGAGAUGUCUUUCCUAUAUGAUACAGAGUUUGAAAUAAAGAUGAUGAAAAGCCAGCCCCUGUAGGAUGGAUGGAGAUUCAUCUCCUCUGAAAUACAUUCGUCCCCCCAGUGUAUUUCAGAGGAGAAGAUGCUUGCUGUUGAGGAACAUCAGGAUAUAUAAAAACUGUAUAUAUAUGGCAACAGAUAACUUCUUCAGGGAGGACUGGCUGGAGAGUCGCCCACAAAGACCCUCUGUGGAAAGUCUGACUUCAAGCAGUUCUGAUGGAACAGACAGCAUGACUUGUGAAUGAACCAGAGGAGUAUUGAACACAUGCUGCUGUAGGAGAGGGGUACUGUAACAAGAAGGUUUUACUCUGUUUACCAGAUUAGUUCAGUAAAACUUAUUUCUAUUAGUAUAUUCCAAUUAGAAUGGUUUUGGAUUCAUACAUUGCUAGAUUUAUUGUAUUUACAUUGUCUGUGGGGUUUUAUAUUCAUCAUAUAUUCAUCAUUUAAACAUGAGGUGAGGAGA